AUGCUCACUACAGAGAUAGCAAGAGAUUUCCUGGCCAAAGAGCGGAGGUCUAAAGAGCAGCUGAGGCGCUGUCUUUCUUCUGCGCUGUCUGCAGAUCUACACAGGCUGCUGCAAGAGGAGAUAGAGGCUGAUGUUACUCUCUGCACCAGUGCUGGUUCUAUUCGGGCGCACAGAGCCGUUCUUUUGGCCAGAGCCCCUCGUCUUCUGAAGAGACAGUCUCACAAAGACCCCACCACGGUCCAUGUGCCGGGACUGGACCUCUCAGGGCUCAAAGAACUUAUCAGGCGCGUGUACACGGCAGAGCAGAGUAUGCGCUCAGGGGAUAUCCUCCCAGAUGUGGAAUGGACUGCCCCAGAUGUUCCAGACAUACACCGCUCCACUAACUCUGACUCAGACUGUGGUCCGGAGUCGGCCUCUGGACUCGGGGCAGAUCUGCUGCGCUUCUAUCAGCGCGGGGAGCAGUGUGACAUCACCAUCCAGGUUUCGGAGCAGUUAUUCUCCUGCCACAGGGUCAUUCUAUGUGCGCGGUCACAGUACUUCCGGGCCAUGCUCAGUGGGAGCUGGAUGGAGAGCUCCCAGAACUGCAUCACCCUGCAGGGUUUGGGGCCUGAAGAGAUGGAGAUUUUGCUACAGUUUAUGUAUGGGGCAAUAGUGGAUUUACCGCCAGGAGCCAGUGCCAGUCAGGUGGUGCUGGCGGCCGACAUGCUGGGUUUGGAUGGACUCAAAGAUGUGGUGGAGAUGGUUCUGAUCAGAGACUAUUGCCGCUUCUUUCCCAAGCCAAGUGAAGGGGUCCAAAAGGGUAUCCUCGAGUGCCUCUGCCUUACCCAUGCCUUAGGCCUCCACAGCCUUAACCAGCAGUGUAAAAGGUGGAUCGCUGAGCAUUUUGUGAAGACAUGGUCAGAGCGAAACUUCUCCCUUUUAUCACCUGAGCUCCAGAGAGUCUGUUUUACAGCUGUAACCGAAACUAUGACUGUCCUUAACGUGGUAACGAUGCUCUGUGGGACGGAGCAGCUGAUUGGGAGUCUGCCUGAAGUGAAGUGGGCGCAGCAGGUGAAAUAUCUGGUCACGGAGCUCCAGGAUCAUAGCCUCAAAUACAUCGUCCAAAACUUCUCCAAAGUCCUCCACACUCAGGCCUUUCAGGAUCUACGCAGGGGAGAAGAGUUUACUACAGAGCCCAUGUUGCUGAGGAAGCUUGUUUCAGCCAUAAAAGAGGGUGUGACGGUGGAAAACAGCUGUGAGCUUUACACUGCAGUUCACUGGCUAUGUGGAGGCGACCCGGAGGAGCCUGGACCGCCUCAGCUCCAGCAGAUACAACAAGAGCCAUUCAAGCAGGAGAUUUGCGGUCUACGCGAUCGGCUCUGGACUUUCCUCCUACAGACCUUUUACGCUGUUCGCCACACUCAAGGAUGGGAGAGCCUUUCACCAAAGUAUAGAGAGCGGAUUUUAGCAGAUGCUAUUGAUAAAGGGGAUAAUAGAAGACUUGGGAAGAAGCCAAUAUUUUCUAGCUCACAGCUCCGGGCGGUAAAAUGCCCUUCCCCUGCUCCUGAGAGUCCUCCAAUCAGCAGGACACCAAGUAAACAAGUGUCCAGUCAUUCCAAAUCUCCCUUCUCUCAAAAUCCUGCUACAGCCAUGAAAUCGGACGCACUCGGGACAGCUCCCAAACUGGGCGAGGGUCCUAAGAUGAAAAGUGUGAAGAAGCCGGCAGAUCGCGGCCCGGCAUCGAGAGCAAAAACAGGGGCGACGCCAGUGGUCAAUGGGACAAGUGUUCGGCGAGAUGUGGCAAGUGCAAAUGGCCCCAGGAGUACCACUGCCUCCAAAGACCAUGAAAGGCACCCCAAUCCUGGAGCAAGACCAAAAACCUCUCCUCCAACCGCUACAUCCACCAGCCAGGGGCCAGGGUCCAAGGCUCAGAAAGGAGCUCAGGCCUCCUCCACAUCAGGCAGCGCUUCCCCAGAGAAUGGAGCCAGCAGCCCCAAAAACGAUGUCCAAACAGUGCCAGGUGCCAAAUCGAAACAGCAGGUCAAAACUGUGAACAGGCCUGCACCAACAAAGCCUCCUCAGAAGUCAGAGCCAGCCAAAACCAGCAGCAAACCAUCGGUCAGAGAAACCAGUAAAGGGAAAAGUGUUGGAGCUGAGAAAACGGCCGCUGCAGCAUCGAGAGCCACUGUCAAAGGAAGAGCAUCUGACAACCAUGCUACUCGAAAUGGCACUUCUAUGAAAAAGCCUCCAUCUCCCAAGAAAGACGACAAACCCUCUUUGGACAAAACGACAAGUGAAGCUCCAAAGAAGAAAACCGCUAAACCUGCUUCGACCACAAUGACCUCAGUUAAACCUAGCGCUAAACCCAGCGUCAAGUCCACCUCCGUCAAUGCGAAGCAAUCUACAGCUACUACUGCCAAACCAGGAGCAAAAUCUAAAUCUGCUUCUGACACAGCUGCACCAAAUAUCGGUAGCACUCCUUUGGAAGACUCUUGGAGCAGCAUGCACGCUCAAUGCACCCCGGAAUCUGAAACGGGAAGCCAGGCGACCUCCUCCGACGACAUCAAACCCCGAUCGGAGGACUACGACGCGGGCGGAUCUCAAGACGACGACUUUUCCAACGACAGGGGCGUGUCCAAAUGCGGUACCAUGAGGUGCCACGAUUUCCUGGGCAGAAGUAGCAGCGACACCAGCACGCCAGAGGAGCUCAAAAUGUACGAAGGCAGUUUGAGAGUGGAGGUGCGGAUGAGGGGGAGAGACAUGGAGACGACGAGCGACGAAGAGGCCGUGAGGCAAAGGCCGCGCUCCUGGCUGCAUCGGGACGAGGUCGCUGCGGCGGAGGAGGAGCAUUCUGAGGUCGAAGCCACUGUAACGGUCAAGAGUGUUCCGGAUCAUCAGUUAUUUUCAUCUGAGGAAGAGGAAGAGGAAGAGGAGGAGGAGGAGGAGGAAGAAACGGAAGAUGAAAAAUCAGAAGUCGAAGUUAUCCCCAAAGCGGAAACCUCUCCACUUUUUCAAGGAAUUGUGAACUUGGCUUUUGACGACGAAAGCGCAGAACAGGAGCAGUACCAGGCAUCAAAUUUCCGUCGGUCUGUGUUGCUUUCCGUGGAUGAAUGUGAAGAACUGGGAGAAGAAGGUGUGGAAACUGCCCAGCAGAAGCCACAACCAGCUUCAACGCCCUGUGAUGUUUUCGAACCAGACGCGACAGUCCACAAAGAGGAGGAGGAAGAGAAAGUCGGCCAUCUUGGAAUUUCACCGGAACACAAUACUAUCGAAAAGAAUGACAAGUCUGUUUUUCUCACUGAACUCCAGGAGCAGGUUAAUAAUUCCCAAGUAGACAUAUCCCCAUGCCCUUCUCAAGACCCACCCCAGGAGCGACCGUGCCAUCUCGAUUUACGAAGCACAGAACACUACAGCAAUGGAUCGCCACGUAAAAACCCCACAGAAAGCAAGAAAGCUGAAUUACAUCUAGAGUUACAUGAAACUCAGCUGACCUCACAACAUGGUGCACAGUCUCCAUCAGGGCACAGUACUUGUCAAAGAACGGAAAUCAAACAUGACCGCCGCCCAUCCAACAAAGCAUUGUCUCCCAUUUACGAGAUGGAUGUAGGGGAAUCCUUUGAGAACUGCACGCAAAAUUCUAACCAAGAAGACGAGGAAUCCGAGAAAAUAAACAGUGAAUUUGCAGAAAAAGACUGGAGCUUGCUUAGACAACUGUUGAACGAUAACGAGUCCAGUCUUGGUGUCAUAAACCCAGUGCCAGAGGAACUUAAUUUGGCACAAUAUCUUAUCAAGCAAACACUAUCCCUGUCCCGGGACACUGUGGACACGCAGGCUUUUCUAUCGCCUGAAAAAGAGUCAUUUAAGAAGUGGGCAGAGCUGAUUUCGCCCAUGGAGGACUCGUCCACCAGCAUCACAGUGACGAGCUUCUCCCCAGAAGACGCAGCUUCACCGCAAGGCGAGUGGACCAUAGUAGAGCUGGAGACGCAUCACUGA